GACCUCACCUGCAAGACAUGACUCCCGUGUGGCUCUUCCUCAUCCUGCUGUCAGCUCCCAGAUGUGUCCUGUCCCAGGUGCAGCUGCAGGAGUCGGGCCCAGGACUGGUGAAGCCCUCGCAGACCCUCUCCCUCACCUGCACUGUCUCUGGUUACUCCAUCACCAGUGGUUAUGACUGGAGCUGGAUCCGCCAGCCUCCAGGGAAGGGGCUGGAGUUUAUCGGGUACAUAACUUAUAGUGGGAGCACUUACUACAGCCCCUCACUCAAGAGUCGAACCACCAUCUCCAGAGACACAUCCAAGAACC